UGACAUGUAUUAUAGACAAUACUGAUGUUAAUGAUCAUAAACUUUGAAAUUCCCUCUUCUGAAAUAAUUUAAAUCGGUAAUAACAGAGACGUUCGGAAAAACUGAAAUCACAAAAUAUAAUAUUGACUUGAAUAUGGGCUGCUAUUUGAUUGUUUGGUAUUAUAUGACUGGGAUGUGAGAAUGUUCUUUUAAGUUUAGAAAUAUGCUUCAUAUUACUGCCAUUAAUCAAUUCUAUUUGAUAUCAACAGUCUACCUUUCCUCAAAGGUUUGGCGCACACUUUGAUAAAUAAAACUCACACAAUUUGCACCAUCUCUCAUCCUGAAUGGAACAAUAUCCAUUAUAAUACAGCAUUAGAAGUUAGAUUAGUGAUUAAUUAAAGUAACAUCACCAUAUCACCUAUAUGAGAUAAAUCAAAGACAACUACAUGAUGAAAUUAAUAUCUGAUGAUAAUUUGCUGGCCUUUUUUAUUCCCGCGACUAAUUAUAAUGCCAUCAGUAGAUUUCUGAGUUGGACCAAUAUCUAUUUGAUUAACCUAAUGCAGUUUCUCGGGGACCGUGUAUUGUGGGUUCGUAUUUUUAUGUAGCAUCGGCUUCUGAUGGUGAAAUAUGGAUCACCCAGUGCUGAUCUAAAUGUCUGUGAUGCUUUGCGUGACAGAACCAAACUCUGGCCCUUCUCUGUCACGGUUAGAACUGAUAAAUACACUCUAAGUGCCGCCCCAGGCACAGAAGCCUCCUUUUGUCGACACACACAGCAACAUUUUUACUUCCCUCAUCAUGAUCAAUUCGUAUAAAAACAAAAACGGUACGAUUGUUAUUUUGCUGCAAUACUUGAUUCUGGUCACAUUUCCCCUUUGGCUUCAUGGAAAGACCUGCUCGAAGAAACUUAUCUAAAAGAAUCGUGUCCGGAGACUGGAAGCGCCGCUUUAGAAUGCUGACGAGUAUUGACGACCUUCGAUCCCUCCGCUUCUGGAAGGCAGUGGCGGCCGAAUGUGCUGGGUCACUUCUGCUGAUUCUUGUAGGAUGUGGCUCGUGCAUAGACUGGGAUAAGGAAAACAAAGUAGUAAGGGUAUCUCUUUGUUUUGGGCUAUCUUACGCCACUGUCAUCUGGACUUUCAAUCACGUGAGUGGCGGUCACAUAAACCCCUCCAUCACGUUCGCUCAUUUUGUGACAAGGCGUGUAAGCCUGGCUCGAACUAUCCUGUAUAUUGUGGCUCAGAUAAUUGGAGCUCUGAUUGGGGCUGGGAUUCUUAAGGGUCUCACCCCAUCAUCGCGGGGCGGGGCCGCUACAAAACUUCACCCGGAGAUGAAUAGUGGUCAAGGAUUUGGUGUGGAGCUCUUCAUUACCUUUUUCGUUGUUUUGACCUACUUUGCUACUCACGACCGGAAAAGAAAAGACCUUAGCGGAUCCUUCCCCUUAACCAUAGGUCUAGCAAUCGCCGCUUGUCAUCUGUUUGCCUACAGCUUCACAGGAGCAAGCUUAAACACGGCGAGAAGUUUUGGUGCCGCGGCCAUGGAUGGAGAAUGGAGUGAUCAUUGGAUUUACUGGUUAGGCCCAUUCGUUGGGGCCACGUUAGGAGGACUGGUGUAUGACAACUCUUUUGCUUUGAAUGCUUCACUGGAAAAAGCUCGAGCUUUCCUACUGGCGAGUGAAUACGAACACGACAGUUAUCCAGCAAAGAAAACUAAAAUCAAAGUAAUUCAGGAAGAAACAGAAGAAGUUAAAAAUACCUCAGACAAGCCAACAGUGGAAUCAGCCUGAACAACCUAUACAUAAUGAAUACAGGCAAUGGUGUAGAUAGAACGAAUUAAUUUGAAAACAUUACAUGUAGUGAUUCCAUUUUUUCUUCGUCGUUUUUUUCCGGUUGUUCUUCGAACACUCCUCCCAAAGGUUGUUUUUCUUCAGCUUGUGGAUCGAUCAUUUCACAAAUCACGACAGACCUUCCGUUGUUGUUGGUAACCAGAAAUGUUUUCUGCUUGUUCUUGAAUAACGUUAAAGCCAGCGGUAAAUCUAAACCGUCUGCCUUUGACAUUACUAUUUCUUUUUGUUCCCCAUCCAAAGUGAAUCUGCAGAUGUUGUGAGACCAGCGACCAACGACUAGCAAACUUUGAUCGUAUAUCUUUAAAUCUCGGCAGUACUUUAGUGAGUCUCCGAACAUUAUGGAAUAAUUUCCGGAUGAAGAAAUGCUAUGAAUGGUGUCAGUUUUCCAUCCUGUAAAAUACACAUUUUCGUUGUCGUCUGAGCAAAUGUACCUCGCAGAACAAUCUCGAACUGCUGUUGUUUUAAG